AUGGCGGACGAGCUGCGGGGCCGGCGGCUGGCGGCGGGCGGCGGGGGGAUGGAGGCGGAGGCGGCGGUGGAGGCGGAGGAGGCGGAGGCCUUCCUGCGGGACAAGCUGGUGGCGCUGUACUUCGCCUCCGGCCGGUGCGCGCUCAGCCGGGACUUCACGCCGCUGCUGCGCCGCUUCUACGCGGAGCUGGUGGAGCGGGCGCGCCCGCCGGCGCCCCUGGCCGUGGUGCUCGUGUCCGCCGACCGCAGCGCCCGGGACAUGGAGGCCUUCCUGCGCCAGCUGCCGGGCUCCUGGCUGGCGAUCCCCUUCCACGAUCCCUUCCGCCAUGAGCUGAGGACCAGGUACUGCAUCACAGCCACCCCCAGGCUUGUGAUCCUGAAGCCCAGUGGGGAGGUCAUCACCGACAAAGGGCGCAAGCAGGUCCGGGAGCAGGGGCGGGCCUGCUUCCAAAGCUGGGUGGAGGCUGCCGAAGUCUUCCAGAACUUCUCCGGGUGACGUGGGCAGGAGUGGAACCCGGUGCUGCUGCAAGCACUUGGGGAGAACGGGGGUUUGGGGUGUCAGCGGAAGCGCACUGUGCUGCCCUGGCCCUGACCUGGCUCCCCGAGGCCUCUAGCUGCUCUGACUUUCUUAGCACAGCUUUCUCCUCGGGCGAUGGACUGUGUUGGCACUGAGCUGCUGGAAAUCUUUGCAAAGCAUGUAUCGAUGCAGGCUCUUCAUGUAAUGCAUUAACAUAUUAGAUAUGUUUUCUGAAGCUCUACUUACUGUAAGGAUAAGCUUUCACGACUGCAUUUAUUACUAACGUGUGCAGAAUUUGUGCUUUAAUAAACACGCCUGCUCUCGCUGGGGCCUCAUUUCUCUUCCCCUAACCGUGUG